AUGCAAUUUUUUGUUUUCGCUUUGCUGUAUCAUUCCCUCUCACGUUCUCUCUCCCUCUCUGUCUCUCUCUCUCUCUCUCUCUGUCUCUCUCUCUCUCUCUCUGUCUCUGUCUGUCUCUCUCUCUCUAUCUUCAUCUCUCUCAUUCUCUCUUUCCGCUCUCUUCCUCUUCUCUCUCUCUCUCUCUCUCUCUCUCUCUCUUCUUUUGUUUUCGUUUCUCUUUCUCUCUCACACACUCUUAAUUGCUUCUUCUUCUUCUUCUUCUUCUUCUUCUUCCUCUCUUUCUCUCUCUCUCUCUCUGUAUUAUUUUCUCAUUAUCUCUAUCUAUCUCUUACUUCCCUCUCUCAAUAUCUUCCUUUUCUAUCCCUUUAUUUUUAUCUACUUCUCUCUUUUCUCUUCUUGUACCUUCAUCUAUCUCACUCUUUCUCCCUUGCCAUUUUCAUCCUCUCUCUCUCUCUAUCUUUCUAUCUAGCUAUCUAUCUAUCUCUAUUUCCCUUUUCUUUCCUAUCUCCUUUUUUUAAUCUAUCGAGAGCUUUUUUUUAUGUAUGCAUGUAUAUUUUUCAUUUGUCUGGUACGCAUUUAUGCCACUUUUCACUUAAAUGUUCAUUGCCACAAUAUUUCUAUGGUAAAAUCUCUCCGUACAUUCUUUUAUUUUCAUAUUCUCAUCUUCUGCCUCUCUUUCCCUCACUCUCUAUUCCCCCCCCUCUCUCUCUCUCUCUCUCUCUCUCUCUCUCUCUCUCUCUCUCUAUCUAUCUAUCUAUCUCUCUCUCUCUCAUGAUUAACUAUAUAUUUAUUUUCUGUUUCUUUGUCUUUCUCUAUUUUUCUUUCUCUAUUUCUUUUUCAUUUCUUCUUUCUCUUUUUUUCUUCUUCCGUUUUUCUUUCUCUUUUCUCUCUCUUUCUCCCUCCUGUCUACUUUUUAUCAUUUUCUUUUCUUUCUUUUUCUGCCUUUAUCUUUUUUCUCUUCCUUUGUCUUUUUUUCUUUCUCAUUUUCUCUCUCUCUCUCUCUCUCUCUCUCUCUCUCUCUUCUUUCUCACUCUCUUUUCUUUCUAUAUUUCUCUAAUUAUUUUCUCUCUGUAUCUCUGUAUCUCUCUCUCUCUCUCUCUUCUCUCGCUACUUCAUUGGCCUUCUUUUCUCUUUCUGUCCUUUUUCAAUGUUUUGCCAUCUUCUAGGCGUUUUCUUCUUCGUCGCCGCAAGGUAAGUUACAUUUAA